GAUCGCAGGAGACACAUCCUUCUCCCUUUUCCUCUGGUCGCCGCCGCUCUCGUUCGUCAACAAACUCGCCGCCUCUGCUCCGCGCCUCCGCCGCUCCGCCCCUCGCUCCCUCCCCUCCUACAGCUCUGCUCCUCCCGGCUCCUGUUCUGGCGCCCUCCCCUCUCUCAGCCGGAUCAAUCUCUUCUGCGGCAGAUUGGACGGCACGGUGCCACCCCCAAAUCCGCCGCUCUGUUUCCAGGGGUUUGCGGAGGUCGCGGAAGAAGCAGGCAAAUCCUGCAAUGAACCAAGAGAACGUUCCUGGUAACACGUGGCAAAAUCUUGCUGCCACAGCCGUAGCGAUGAGCGGCGCCGCCGAGCAGGAUAGUGGCUCCUCCGUCUGGCCGCCCCAUAACCUGCCUGCACCAAUGCUGACCGGAAGGCCACUACCUCAUACGUCCACUCUAGUUCCUGCCCUGCCCGGCAUCGCAGGAGAUUCUGAAGAUGAUGCUUCUAUUCAGUUUGCUCCAAGGGAUUUCUUGUCACUUGGAAGGGACUCGGAUGUUGCUGCCAACGACAUGGCCAUAGAUCCUUCAACAUUUCUAGCAGUUCCAGUUGAUUGCAGUUCUGAACAUACACCAAUACAUCUUCAGGCAAAUGGUUCAGAGGCAGAAGCACCCAGAAUUGGAUUCCAAGUAGAUGAUAGCCAACAAUCACCAUCAUCAGCAGCAACAGAUCUCUCGGAUAGGCACUGUAAAUUACAAUCAACUAUUCCUGCAAAUACUAAUAAUGAAUUGGCUUCACUGCUUGCUGAAGGCGUAACUGAUCAGAACUUGCAAACUUAUCAGCAGACACGAGAAAAGCUCAAGACACAGAGCCAACUGAAUGAUCACACACCUCUGUCAGCAGCAGCAGCUGCUGCAUUCAAAGAAAAUGAGGAGGCCCCUGCAGGAAAAGUGAAGCCCCGGAGGAAGAAACAUAGAGCCAAGGUAAUACGUGAAGACAAGCAAAUCAAGAAGCAAAAGCCUGCUGUUACAACACCAGAAGGAAAACCACCAAAUGCGAAAGCGAAGAGAAGUUAUGUCCGGAAGAAAAGAAAUCUCAGCUCUCUGGAGAAUUGCUCAGGACCUGUUAGCGACCAAUCAGUCUCUAUGGGAGCAGAAGAUGCUGCUAGAAGCAGAGCUGCAUCAGUCCGAAGAAGGUUGCAGUCCGAAUUUUGUGAACAGGGAGUGCUGAGAGGCAAAUCAUCAGCUGGCAACUCAGGCCACCACGUUGAGGAAAUACUCAUUCAUGCUAAAAGCUCUUUCUGUUCAACCGCCACUUUAUCAACUGCGCAGGGUGCACAUGGACUGCAUGUGGACAUGGAAAAUUCACCAGGAGGAUUAGCUUUUGGCAUGAUUUGCGAGAUGAACAAACUGUUAGAUGAGUACAUACAUUUGCCAGAGAUGGCAAUAAACUGUACACAAGAAGUUUCACCUGCAACUUCUGGAUGUUUUAGCAGAGAGCCAACAAGUAAACAAGACAGUGUAGGAAGCACUCAUGGUCUUGAUGCCACAAGGAUUGGGGUUACCAUACUGGAAGGGAGCAACAAGGGCUUGGAGGUGAACGACUCUAACGAAGCUGGUUUUGCUAUGCAUCACUCAGCUACGUCUGUACCUGCAACAAGAUCCACAGAAAGUCAGAUGACCAAGGUGUCGAGAGUGGAGAAAAAGAAGCAUGAACAACGUAGAGAGAGCAAGUCCUCUCUAGCCGGCUCACGGGACUCGAUCAUCUUAAGGACUGCCGCUCAGAUGCUAGGAUUUUGUCAAGCUGGUGGUAUAAAAAAGAAGCGAACGGUCCGAGUCCGCAGGAUUUCGUAUGUUCCUAUAAUGAAUGUUGAGAUGAAUAGGGCAAACGUAUUGCCACGGUUAUCUCAGUCAUGCCUGGAGGCCCUGUAUGGAAGACCCAGUUUUAAACUUUUUACCAAGAAACGUUCACGAAGGGUACGACGUCAUUACCGUAGAUCAGAGGGAAUUUUUCAGCCUCCGAAUAAUAGAAAAUUCUACCAUGAUAUUUAUUAUGAAGGAACAGGAAAAAGGUCACAAAACUCACGAUAUAUGUCAACUCCAUAUAUGGAUUUCCAUCACAGAGUUGCAUCAGGGCUGAAAUAUCUUGAUUUGAACACCGAACCUGUACAUACAAAUGAGAUGUAUCCAUCUGUGACCACAUCCGCUGUUGUCCCUUUUGGAGCAACAGGUAGUCUAUCAAAAUCUCUUGUACCAUUUGGUAGUCAGAUGAUCUUCCCAUAUGAGUGGCCGUUAGAUUUAGUCAAGAAGCAGCGCCCUCGAGCUAAAGUUGACUUGGAUUUUGAGACAACAAGAGUUUGGAACCUCUUGAUGGGGAAAGCAACUGAUGAGCCUGUAGAUGGGAAUGAUGUUGAGAAAGAGAGAUGGUGGCAACAAGAAAGAGAAGUUUUUCAAGGCCGUGCUAAUUCAUUUGUACAACGCAUGCGACUAGUUCAAGGCGACAGGCACUUUUCUCCAUGGAAAGGAUCAGUAGUUGAUUCCGUAGUAGGGGUUUUCCUCACCCAGAAUGUGUCUGACCAUCUUUCCAGCUCUGCAUAUAUGUCACUUGCUGCAAGUUUUCCUCCAAGGACAGUUAAUAGCAAUUGUAAGGAUAAUAUUAUCAGUCAAGACGAUGAGGAAAUAAUAAGCACGGUUGCAGUAGGAGGGGUAAGAAUCUUUGACUUUUUUGACAACGGUGCAAGACCAGAUCUACGAGAGAACUUUGAGGAGCUGUCAAUAACCAAUGAGAAGAUACAUGUAGAAACAAAGAACAAUGCUAGUGCUUAUGAGUUGACGAAAGGUGAAAAUUAUUCCUUCUACUCCAAAGAAGCAAAUGCAGAUUUAUGCGACCACCAAGAGGCAGAAGUUGACCCCAAAGCACAACAAUUUCCAGAUUUCUCCAUCGAAUUAAUAACAUCAGAAAGAAGCUCACGAGCGAUACAGUUCCAGAAGGAUAUGUCAUCUUCUCAAAGUGUUAUAAUUUCGGAAACUAUUUUUCAGUCAGAAUUAUCGAGUUCUGGGGAUAAUCCUUCACCUAACAGUUCUGUUGGUAGCGUCGGUGGUGCAGCUUCUCAGCAGCUGGGAAGCAAUUUCGAUUCAUUAGCAGGAAAUGAUGCCUCAACCAAGGAACUUGAAUGCCAAAGAAUCAAAACAACAACAGUAAAUGAUGAUGGUGCAAGUCAGCAUGGAAUUCCCUCUACUUUUGAAGCAUCAGAUUUCCAGGAGCAUGAAUCACUCUCUAUCACUGGUGGAACGAUAGCAGAAACAGCAAACACGGUGGAUGAAUCUACUGUCAAAUCUAGUUUUCCUUCCUAUAAUGGAGGACCAGAUAAAGAAGCAAGACCAAAGAAAACAAGAACCACAAGGAAAGAAAAAACUGAAAACUUCGAUUGGGAUAAACUUCGAAGACAGGCUUGUGCUGAUGGCCACAUGAAAGAAAGAAAGUCUGAAAGAAGAGACUCUGUUGAUUGGGAAGCAGUACGGUGUGCAGAUGUACGAGCAAUUUCUAGCGCCAUCCGGGGACGUGGAAUAAACAAUGUUUUGGCAGAGCGAAUCCAGGAGUUCCUGAAUCGAUUGGUCAGAGAUCACGGAACCAUUGAUCUGGAGUGGUUAAGAGAUAUCCCCCCUGACUCAGCAAAGGAUUAUUUGCUUAGCAUACGUGGACUGGGGCUCAAAAGUGUUGAAUGUGUUCGUCUACUGACAUUACAUCAACUCGCAUUCCCUGUUGACACCAAUGUUGGCCGCAUAUGUGUAAGACUGGGAUGGGUUCCUAUUCAACCCCUUCCUGAAUCUCUACAACUACAUCUCCUCGAGUUAUAUCCUGUGUUGGAGACUGUACAAAAGUACCUUUGGCCUCGUCUAUGUAAACUUGAUCAGAAAACACUGUACGAGCUACAUUAUCAUAUGAUCACUUUUGGGAAGGUGUUCUGUACCAAAACAAAGCCAAAUUGCAAUGCUUGUCCAAUGCGAGGUGAAUGUAGGCAUUUCGCAAGUGCCUUCGCGAGUGCACGGCUUGCACUUCCUGCACCUCAGGAGAAAAGCUUGGUGAAGCCGAGAAAUCAAUUCAGUUUCCAGAGUGGUAGCAUGCCCUCUCCGAACUCAACUGUGCUUCCUCAGCUUGAGGAAAGUACCCAGGGAAAGUUUUUUCACACUAACAAUUCAGAGCCGAUUAUUGAGGAGCCAGCAAGUCCUUCACGGGAAGAACUUCCAGAAACUUUGGAAACUGAUAUUGAAGAUUACGAUCCAGAUGAAAUCCCACUAAUUAAGCUUAACAUGGAAGCUUUUGCUCACAACUUGGAAAACUGUAUUAAAGAAAGCAAUAUGGAUCUCCAGUCUGAUGAUAUCGAGAAAGCACUUGUUGCUAUUAGCACUGAAGCAGCUUCAAUUCCUGUCCCUAAACUAAAGAACGUGAGCAGGCUUCGGACAGAACACUAUGUUUACGAAAUUCCAGAUUCGCACUCCCUUGUGCAACAGUUUGGACUUCAUCAACGGGAAGAUGGCGAUCCAAGCCCUUACCUAUUGACCAUAUGGAUGCAAGAUGACAUAAAUGCAAUGAUCAAGGCCCCCAAACCAUGUUCUGACUUUCAAAGGGAAGAUGGAUUUUGUAAUAAUGAGAAGUGUCAGCAUUGUGUGCUUGAGCGGGAAAACCAAUCUAGAUAUGUCAGAGCCACGAUUCUGGUUCCAUGUCGAACAGGUAUGAAGGGUACUUUCCCACUGAAUGGCACUUAUUUUCAAGUUAAUGAGGUAUUUGCUGACCAUAAAUCUAGCUAUGAUCCCAUAUACGUUGUAAGGAAGGACUUAUGGCCCUUGGAAAGACGUAUGGUCUACUUUGGAACUUCGGUGCCUUCUAUAUUCAAAGGUCUAACAACUGAAGAAAUACAGCAGUGCUUCUGGAAAGGAUUUGUCUGCGUGCGGGGAUUCGAGAGGGAAACCGGGGCACCAAGGCCCCUAUGCCAACAUCUGCACGUCGUAGCAAGCAAAGUGCCCAGACGACGCAACACAGCAGCAGCAGCAGCAGCAGCAGAGCAGAACUUGGAUUCAGCACAGGCGUCAGCUUCAUAAGUAUCAUGACCCCGGUAGUUCUCGAUCUGCGCAUGGGCCGUAUUAGUUAGUUUAUUAGUUCCUGUUCGACGAUCAGGAGCACUAUUGUACACUGGUUUUUGGUUCUUUUAGCCUAGGAAACAAAUUAAACCAUGCUGGACAUGCUUGACGAUCAAUGAAACUAGAUGGGGUAGCGUGCUCCGCCGCACCUGGCUAUAGACGCUUA